AUGGUUGUUGUUGCAGAACUGGAUGAACACACUCAAGUUCUGUCUCACAAGGCCAUCAACGCGUGUAUCGCUUUUCUACCCACCCUGCAUGGCAAGGCCUUGUUCACUAUCGAAGCCCUCUCUCGAUCCGCUGCCGAAGCACACCCUGUACAGCAGGCCAUGGUUGACCUGGAUGCGUCGCAGUGUGGAUUCUGUACGCCGGGUUUUGUCAUGUCACUGUUUGCUCAAUAUGAAAACGGUGUGCAGAUGAAUGCGCGCGAAGUCGAUGAUGUGCUUUCCGGAAACCUUUGCCGAUGCACCGGCUAUCGUCCUAUCAAGGACGCAGCGCUUGCGGUCUAUGACUAUCCAGCUGUUAAGAACCCCAUCGCCGAAUCGGCUCGCUUAAAACUGAUCGACCUGCAGGCAUCCAGCCGUUCUGCACCGGCGUUGCACAUGCAAGCCUCCGGUCGCACUUUUUCAUCCCCCACCACCGUCGAAGAAUUGAGCACACUUAUAUUAGAACACCCCGACGCGCAGCUACUUGCCGGCGGCACGGAUAUUGGAUUAUGGGUGACCAAGGCACAUCGACAGAUCGACCAAGUCAUCUACCUGGGUGAUGUCGCCAGUUUGAAAACAAUCGAGCUUACGGAGACAGAACUUACCCUGGGUGCCGCUGUGAGCUGGAGUGAAGCGAUGCCGGCUUUGAUAGAACUUUAUCCCGCCUUCGCGGAAUUGUUAACUCGCUUUGCAUCCGUACCCAUCCGCAACGCCGCCACAAUUGGUGGCAAUAUCGCAAAUGGAUCACCCAUCGGUGAUUCGAUGCCGGCUUUGAUGGUCGUUGGUGCUCAACUGCUGCUGCGCCAGGGUGAUAAAACCCGCACCGUGGCACUGGAUGAGUUUUACCUCGCUUAUCAGCAGACUCAGCUGACCGAGGGUGAAUUUAUUGAAAAAAUUAUCAUUCCGCGCCCGCAAGCAAAUCAGACCGUUGCCGCCUACAAAAUUUCAAAACGUUUCGACCAGGAUAUUUCAGCGGUCUGCGGAUGUUUUGCGGUUGAACUGCAGCCCGACACGCAGAUCGUGACAGAUAUAAAGAUCGCAUUUGGUGGUAUGGCCGCUAUUCCAAAACGCGCAACUCACGUCGAAGCACAACUGCUAUCCACCAUGUGGACGGAAGCAAAUAUAGAUCAGGCGUUAGACAGCUUUGCAGAUGAUUUUUCCCCCAUAGAUGACAUGCGUGCAAGUGCUGCUUAUCGAUCGCAGGUAGCGCAGAACCUGUUGCAUGUCAAAGCCACCGGUGGCGUCGGUGAACCUCAACAUCAUGACAGCGCUUACCUGCACGUAUCUGGUAACGCCCGCUAUACAGACGAUUUGCCGGAACCGAAAAAUCUCCUGCACAUUGCCCUGGGUGUCAGCCCACACGCCCAUGCCAUAAUUGAGCAUAUAGACCUGCAGCCGGUGCUGGCCCUGGAAGGUGUUGUUGACGUACUUGUGGAGGCGGAUAUCCCGGGUAAAAACAACUAUGGCCCGGUUCUGGAUGACGACCCCUUGUUAAGCGCCAAGCUGGUUCAGUAUGCAGGCCAGCCAAUAUUUGCUGUUGUUGCCGAAGAUGUCAUUACAGCACGAAAGGCGGUAUCCCUCGCUGUCAUCCACUAUCGCAAGCUGCCUUCCAUCAUCGAUGCGCGAACCGCUCUGGCGCAGAAUUCAUUUAUCCUGCCGAGCAAGGAAGCUACCGUUGGCAACCCUGUUAAAGCGUUUGCUGAAGCGCCACACCAGCUUACCGGCAGCACCAGCGUUGGCGGCCAGGACCAGUUCUACCUGGAGGGCCAGAUUGCCAUGGCCAUUCCAGGUGAAGACAACAAUAUGCUGGUGUACUGCUCGACUCAGCACCCCUCUGAAAUUCAACAUGUUGUUGCACAGAUUCUGAACCGAAAUUCCAACGACGUUAUGGUUGAAUGCCGACGCAUGGGCGGCGGGUUUGGAGGCAAAGAAAGCCAACCGGCAUUACUUGCAGGUAUCGCCGCGCUGGCUGCGCAGAAAAACGGACGGCCGGCAAAGCUUAGAUUCGAUCGCGACAUGGAUAUGAUAGUCACAGGCAAACGCCACGAUUUCGACAUUGACUAUGCGGUAGGGUAUUCAAACAGCGGGGAAAUCAGCAGCCUGGAUCUGAGCCUUGCAUCGCGCUGCGGCAUGUCUGCAGACUUGUCAGGCGCAAUCAAUGACAGAGCCAUGUUUCAUUGCGAUAACGCCUACUAUCUGGCCAACGCACACAUCACGUCUCAUCGGUGUAAAACAAAUACGGUCUCCAACACUGCUUUUCGCGGCUUUGGCGGCCCACAAGGCAUGUUUGCGAUCGAGUAUGUCAUAGACGAUAUCAGUCGCGCAUUGAGUCUGGAUCCAUUAGACGUACGGAGAACCAAUUUUUACGGCGUCAAUGAGCGGAAUGUCACCCCUUACAAACAGGUUAUCGAAGACAACAUCAUCCAGCAGAUUUUCGACACGCUGGAAAGCAGCUCAGAUUAUCGAGCCCGCCGUGCCGAGAUCAAAACAUUCAAUGAUAAAAACACCCUGCUGAAGCGUGGCAUCGCCAUGACACCGGUAAAAUUUGGCAUCUCAUUUACCACCACCCAUCUCAAUCAGGCAGGUGCCCUGAUUCACAUUUACAGCGAUGGCACGGUGUAUCUGAACCAUGGUGGCACUGAAAUGGGACAAGGUUUGUUUACCAAGGUGGCACAGGUUGUCGCCCACGAAUUUCAGAUCGACCUGGAAAGGAUAAAAAUUUCAGCCACCGAUACAGCUAAGGUACCCAAUACUUCUGCCACCGCAGCCUCCAGUGGUUCAGACCUGAACGGGCAAGCCGCAGCCGACGCCGCGCGGAAAAUAAAAAAACGACUGAUCAGGUUUGCUGCAGAGCACUUCAACACAGAUCCCGCAUCCGUUGAGUUUAAAAACAAUCACGUUAAGGCAGGACAACACCGGCUGACUUUCAGCGAGCUGAUUAAACUCGCUUACGAAGCGCGCACGUCUUUAUCUGCUACCGGAUUUUAUGCAACGCCAGACAUCCACUUCGAUCAGGAACAGUUCGCCGGUAAUCCUUUUUAUUAUUUUGCCUAUGGUGCUGCGGUGUCUGAGGUUGUGGUGGAUACCCUGACCGGCGAGAACCGCCUGUUGCGAGCCGACAUUCUGCAUGAUUGCGGCAAAUCUCUUAAUCCCGCAAUCGAUCUCGGUCAGAUCGAAGGUGGCUUUAUCCAGGGUGUUGGCUGGCUGACAACCGAGGAACUGCACUGGGAUGCAGAAGGUGUUUUAAAAACCCACGCACCAUCAACCUACAAAAUCCCGACCAUUGCAGAUGCACCUGUUGAUUUCAGGGUAAACAUCCUUGAAUCAGCGGCCAACCAUAAACAGACCAUCUAUCGCUCCAAGGCAGUUGGUGAACCGCCGCUGAUGCUGGCGCUGUCUACUUUCUUUGCCCUGCGCGAUGCAAUCGCAACACCCAGUAACCCGAUGUGGGUCACCACAGACAUCACCAGAGGUACCAUUGGCGGCGGUGAACUGGAGUACCAAUGUCAGGCCAUCAGUAACCAGUUACUCGAAGGCAACAGUGGCAAUACAGCCUUUGUGCGGAACUUUCCACUCGGCAGUAACUGCGGUCAAUGCUGCGGCGGUGUUGUCGACAUCUUGUUUGAAACUUUCAGAGCAGCACCAACCACCUGGCAACAGCAGGUGACUGAAACACUGGCACAGGGACAAAGCGGCUAUCUGACAACCGACCUUGCCGAUGAGCCAGGCAAGAAGGCAUUCAGUGCACAUCAUCCUGCCGUCGGUAAAACCACAAUGGUUGAACACAUCCAACCUGCAACGGCGGCGAUUGCAAUUUUUGGUACCGGACAUGUCGGUACUGCGCUGGUUAAUAUCCUGACCCAGACGAAUUAUCAGGUGAUCUGUAUCGACAAUCGUCCGCAGCAGUUACCGCUUGAUGCCGCCACGAAUAUUCAAUCAACGUACCAGAAACAACCAGCCGCUUAUGUCAGCGCGCUCGCAGCAAAAACCGCUUGCGUAGUGAUGACCCAUAACCACGCCCUGGAUUUUGAUAUUUGUGCCGCAAUGCUUAAACGGGACGACUUGUGCUUCUACGGCCUGAUUGGCUCACAGUCUAAGCGUCAGCGUUUUCAACGCCUGUUCAGACAGGCGGGGUUAGACGAAGUGCAGAUCAAUCGCCUGACCUGCCCUGUUGGUGACACAGCGGUCACGAGUAAACGUCCUGGCGAAAUUGCCAUCACCAUCGACAGCGAAAAAGGUGUUGGCGGCGAAGUGUGGUCUGUUCAUGGUGGCGGUUUCUACCAUGCACAGAAAUACAUCAGCGCACCUGACCAGAUGCCUGAGCCGCUCCACUGGUUUAAAUGGGAGGCUUACAGCACCUGGAUUUCCGGAAUUUUCCUGCUUGCUUUGAUGUACUGGUACGGCGCUGAAAUUUACCUGAUCGAUCAGUCGGUUAACUCAAUCAGCGCGUUAGCCGCAGUGAGUCUGGCCAUCGGAUUUAUUGCCGGCGGCUGGCUUAUCUAUGAUCUUCUAUGUAAGUCACCUUUAGGUAAAAACGAUACAACGCUGGCAAUCAGCAUUCUCUUAUUUGUCAGCUUGUUAGCGUGGGCACUCUGUCAGGUAUUCAGUGGCCGAGGGGCAUACAUUCACUACGGCGCGGUGCUCGGCACGAUCAUGGUGGCUAACGUAUUUUUUGUCAUCAUUCCAGGUCAGAAGCGCAUGGUUGGCGCUGCCCAGGAAGGGAAAGCGCCAGAUCCACAAUACGGUAUCAGAGGCAAACAACGCUCGGUUCACAAUACUUAUUUCACGUUGCCGGUUUUGUUUGUGAUGAUCAGCAAUCACUACGCUUCAACUUACUCCCACGCCUAUAACUGGCUGAUUCUGAUUGCUUUAUCUCUUGCUGGCGCGUUGAUCCGUUACUAUUUUGUAACCCGCCACAAAGGCAAAGCGCCGCUAUGGCCGGUGGCAGUCGCACUUGGCUUAAUCGCGCUUGUCGCGGUUCCGCUGGCACCCGCAAAACGGUCUGACGUCACUGCUACAGCCGUCUCUGUUGAUGAAGCACACAGCGUCGUGUUAGAAACUACAGAACAGAUUCAGGCGCAGGCAUCGAGGAUUUACGAACAAACCGUUGUCAGUCGUGCGAUGCCUAUCGGCAAUCUGACGCAGAUAACGGAAGAGGCGAAGCUGGCACUGCAGUUUGUGAUCAACUAUGAAGAGGGCGGCGAACGCAGCCUGCUCCACGGCGACAACGAAUCAGAAGCGUUUCUCUCGGAAAUUAUUGGCGCCCAGGCCUAUCAGAACAUGCGUCACAUGAGCAUGGAGAGUCUCUAUGAAUAUGGCGCUAGAGCAGGAUUCUGGCGACUGCAUCGUCUGUUUACCGAACGCCAGCUGCCGGUCACCGUGUUUGGCGUCGCCAUGGCGCUGGCCCGCAACCCCGAUGCAGUGGCCGCGAUGAAUGCUGCUGACUGGGAGAUUGCAAGCCACGGAUACCGCUGGCUGGACUAUCAGUUCAUCGACGAGGAAACGGAACGCCACCACCUGCAGCAGGCCAUCGAUAUUCAUCAGGAGGUCACAGGCGCAGCUCCUCAAGGCUGGUACCUGGGGCGAACAAGCCCCAAUACCCAUAAGCUGGUCGCCCAGAACAACAGCUUUUUGUACAACGCAGACAGCUAUGCAGACGAUCUGCCCUACUGGGACACACAAUUUGCCAAUCCGCAGUUGAUGGUGCCUUAUACACUGGACGUUAACGAUAUGCGGUUUGCUACAGCCCAGGGUUUUAAUACCGGCACCCAGUUCUAUGACUACCUUAUCGACACAUUUGAGCAGUUGUAUGCCGAAGGUCAGGACGCUUUUGUGCAGCGCUAUGGUGGCGUUUAUGAGCACUCACCCUGGAUCGCACAGAGCAGUUGGGCAGAGGGCCAAAAGGCAUCCACAGCGGCGGAACUAUCGGCCAUUAUGUCCGCGAUUGUCGACCAGGCGGAGACAAGCAAACGCCUUGCGCUGAUCCGCGCACACCCUGAUCUUGCCGGUCGUCUGGCGGUGGCUGGUGAACUCACCGCCGCCUCUACAGACGAACAGGCCAGCGCGGGUUUGGAUCAAUGCAGUCCUGAGGAAUUUGCCACUUUGCAGCGGCUCAACCAGGACUACAAAAAGAAAUUCACCUUCCCGUUUGUCAUGGCCGUGAAAAACAGCAAUCGGCACAAAAUCAUGGCGGCCUUUAAAGAACGUCUGGAAAACAGCUACGACACAGAAUUUGAUAAGGCCAUCGCCGAGAUUCACAAAAUUGUGGUUUAUGCAACGGAUGAUUUUUUUGCAGAUAAAUCGAGGCUGAUUGACCCCAAACCGCCUGUCUUCAUCCCGGAUAAGUACGAUGACAAUGGCAAAUGGAUGGACGGCUGGGAGAGCCGGCGCAAACGUACACCCGGCUAUGACUACUGCAUCGUUAAACUGGGUACACCCGGGAUCAUCCACGGCUUUGAUAUCGAUACCUCUCAUUUCACAGGCAAUUAUCCACCGGCUGCGUCUAUAGAUGCGUGCUACAGCAAUGCGCAGAUCCCUGCCGAGACAGCAGAAUGGGUAAACAUUGUGCCCAACAGCAAGCUGGCAGGAGAUAGUCACCUGUUCAUGCCAGUCAGAUAUGAACAGCCGGUCACCCACCUGCGGCUGAACAUAUUCCCGGACGGCGGUGUCGCGCGUUUACGCGUCUACGGUGAAAUCCGCAAAGAAUGGCAACAACAUCCGCCAGGAAGCGUUACCGAUCUGUUUGCUCUGGAGAAUGGUGGGCGAGCCUUAGCCUGCAAUGACGAACAUUUUGGCAGCAUGCACAAUCUCAAUAUUCCCGGCCGUGGCGUGAACAUGGGCGACGGCUGGGAAACGGCUCGACGACGCACACCAGGUAACGAUUGGGUUAUCCUGCAAUUGGGCACACCCGGCAUCAUCAGUGAAGUUGAAAUUGAUACCGCGCACUUUAAAGGAAAUUACCCAGAUCGGGUUUCUCUUAAAUGUAUCAACCUGCAUGUCGACACAAAAGAAGACCUGGCAACAGCCUCAGCAAACUGGCCGCUGUUAAUGGCUGAACAAAAGCUGACAAUGGACCAUAUUCAUACCUUCACCGAUCUGAAACCCCACGAUGCUAUCACCCACGUACGUAUGGAUAUUUUCCCGGAUGGUGGAAUCAGCCGGAUCCGACUACGCGGCAUACCCUCACUUUUGGAAGCCUAA